UGCCUGCUCCUAAUGUCCUUGGGCACCACCGUCCUUCACGACUCGACAGCGUUGCGAUAGAAAUACACAAUAAAACAAGGAAAGAAAAAACAAAUUAGACAAAGCUGUGAAAAAGACGAAGGAAUCCUGGAUCCCAGAUGCUCCUUUACAAUUAUCCAUGAUUGCUUUCUUCUGUAGUCGUCUGCGAAGCGAGCGCAGGAACGGGUCGAGGGGAUAAGCCAGACUGACAAGGAACUGCUUAACUUUGCAACCUGCUGUUAAAUUGUUGUUGGCUACGAGGUGGAGUGAGAUAAACGACAGCAUUGCGGAGUAUACCUGGUCAUUAAACCGGCUUAUCUCUUAAAAAAAUAUUCUUGCAUGGAUGCAUCAUGGCUACGUUUGUAUGCAGGGUUCAAUUCCUAGAUGAUACCGAUCCAUUCAACAGCACCAAUUUUCCCGAACCUACGAGACCACCUCUCUACACGUUCAGGGAAGAUAUUCCGCUCAUAAACCAGAUUGCCGGAGUCCACAGGCAGCUGAAAGCCCCGCACAAGCUCGAUGACUGUGCCCUACAGCUGUCACACAAUGGGACUUACCUGGAUCUCGAGUCUACGCUGGCAGAGCAGCGGGAUGAACUAGAAGGCUUUCAGGAAGAUGGCGGGAGAGGGAAGAAACACAGCAUUGUCCUGCGUACUCAGUUGUCUGUUAGAGUCCACGCCUGCAUUGAAAAACUGUACAACUCCAAUGGGCGAGAGCUGAGGAGAGCCCUGUUUUCUCUCAAGCAGAUCUUUCAGGAUGAUAAAGACCUUGUCCAUGAGUUUGUGGUGGCAGAAGGGCUGACCUGCUUGAUAAAGGUGGGGGCGGAGGCCGACCAGAACUACCAGAACUACAUCCUCAGAGCCCUGGGACAGAUCAUGCUCUACGUGGACGGGAUGAAUGGGGUCAUAGGUCACAACGAAACCAUCCAAUGGCUUUACACGCUGAUCGGAUCCAAGUUCCGUCUAGUGGUGAAGACGGCCCUGAAGCUGCUGCUGGUGUUUGUGGAGUACACGGAACCCAACGCUGCCCUGCUGAUUGAGGCAGUCAGUGCAGUCGACAUCAAGAGAAACUGUAAGCUGUGGUCGAAUGCCAUGGAAAUUCUGGAUGAGAAGGACGGAGUCGACACAGAGCUGCUGGUGUACGCUAUGACCCUCAUCAACAAGACUCUAGCUGGCCUGCCAGACCAGGACUCCUUCUAUGAUGUGGUGGAUUGUCUGGAGGAGCAGGGCAUCGAGGCCAUUGCCAAGAGACAUUUGAACAGGAAGGGGACUGACCUGGACCUGGUGGAGCAGUUUAACAUCUAUGAGAUGACGCUGAGACAUGAGGACGGUGACGGUGACAGCCAGCCGCCCCCAGCCGGGCGCAAGGACCGGCGGCGCUCCAGCCUUGGGGGCAGCAGCGAGAAACGGGGCCUGGAGAGGAGGCGCAGCAGAAGGCACUCCCUCCAGAGUGCCAGGGGCACCACCUCCGCCCCAGCGUCCCCCAGCAGCCCGCACUGCCAGGGGCCCUCCGGAAACUUCCUGCCUUUCGCUGGACAGAGGAUCGAGGACGUGAGCGAGAGUCUGCGGGGGUUCUCAGGGUCCCAGGGAGACGAGACUUCGGAGGGGGAGAGUGUGUGUGAGGCCAGUUUUGCACCUUGGCCCAUUCAGGCAGACGUGUCUUACUCAAACAGGUCCUACACUCCGUAUUCACCCCAAGCGUCUCGUAGCGCUGCCAGAAAUGGUGGCUUGGGCAGCCCAUACCCUGGCAGGUCCUAUGCCACCCUCAGUGCCCCCUCCACACCCUCUAAUCGCUACGGCACCGCAGCCUGUCCCUCACCAGACUCCAAGACAGACAGGCCCGCUCUGGGCGGCUUGCUGACGUCGUCGUACCGGCAGCAUCAGGAGUCUCUGGCAGCUGAGCGGGAGCGGCGGCGCUUGGAGAGGGAGGAGCGGCUUCUGAGGAUCGAGCGCGAGGAGAGGAACCGCUUCAAUCGGGAUUAUGUGGACAAAAGGGAAGAGGUCAGACAUGCCAGAGAAGAAAGGUACAAAAAUGUGGAGAAGAUAGCCGCAGAGGAGUACGAGAGGGAACGUGUGCGAGUGGCGCCGAGGGGACGCAGCGAACUGACCCUGAGCCUGAGUCCGCAUCCCGCAAGCUCCUCUUCGUCCCGUUGUGCCACUCCGUCGUCGGUGGAGUCCCAGGAGGACGCAACACCGUGCCUUUCCACUGCGCAAGUAAUAGCCAGUGAACCAGAGACUAAGUUAGAUCUCAAGCCCACGACCAGCCCAGAGCCAGCGGUGACAGAACCAGAACCUUCUACAGAACCAGAGGAGGAACAGGGCCCGGAAGACGAAGUGGAAGAAGAGCAGGGAGUAGUUGAGCUCAAGCCCGAACAGGAAGCAGAGGAAGGUGACGGGACUGUCUUUAAAGAGGAGAAAGAAAGGGAGGAGGUAGAAGAGAGGCUUCAGGUGGAAGCAGAGCCGGUGGCUGAAGCGGAGGUGGAGGUGGAGGUGGAGGUAGAGGUGGAGCAAGAGCAGGCACCAGAGCGGGAAGCUGAGGACAGCGCACUCCUGAGCGAAAAGGAGAGACAAAAUGAGGAGGUGAACGAGAAGGACAAUUGCUCCGCCUCAAGCAUCUCCUCAGCCAGCAGCACUUUGGAACGGGAGGAGAGGGAGGAGAAACUCACCAGUGACAAUGAGACAGGCCAAUGGGCACAGUGCAUUAAGGAUGUGGAUGUGAACGAGCAGUGCAGCAAGAUCCUCAAUAGCAAACUGUUCAUGCUGGACAUGCUGUACGCCCAAAACAAGAAGCCCCAGGAGAACGAGGAGGAGGAGGAGGAAGAGGGUGAGAAGGACAAACUGGAGAAAGGGUGUGAGGACAAGGACCCCUCAGUGGCCAGCCUGGCCAGCAGGAUCUCCACGCUAGAGGCCAACCGCCAGGCCUGUGAGGACAACGUGAAGAAGAUGGACGUGGGGAACCUGGACAAUCAGGGCAGCGUCCGGGCCGUUGCGGAGAGGUUCGGGGACCUGGUGAAAGGGCUGGGAUCGCCACAGGACCUGGAGGCCCAGGAGAAGCAGCAGCACCUGCAGGUGGAGAAGGCCGCCCCUGCCUCUUCUCCGCUGCCGCCCAAGAAGGAGUCGGAUUACAUCUGGGACCAGCUGAUGGCCAGCCCCCGUGAGCUCCGCAUCAAAGACAUGGAUUUCACCGACCUGGCCGACGAGGAUGACCUAGACAUCCUGGAUGUGGGCAGCAUGAUGGGAUCAGGAGACUUAACACCCCCGCCACCGCCACCCCCCUGUGUGUCAGCUCUGCCACCUCCCCCACCCCUUUUCGGGUGUCCCCCGCCCCCUCCGGUACCCGGCAUGAUGAUGCCGCCUCCCCCGCCCUUCAUUGCCCCCGCCCCACCCCCGCAACCUCAUAUAGGUUCCCCUCAGCUGAGCAGGGGCGAACCCCCUCUCUUCCAGAAGAAGAAGAAGACCAUUCGGCUGUUUUGGAAUGAGGUACGGCCAGUGGACUGGCAGUACCGGAACCACAAGUGCUGCCAGGAAUCACUGUGGUCCAAACUAGAGCCAAUCAAGGUUGACACGUCCAAACUAGAGCACCUCUUUGAAACCAAGUCCAAGGAGCUCCCAGUCACCAAGAAAACGGCAGCAGAUGGCAAGCGGCAGGAGAUCAUUGUCCUGGACUCAAAGAGGAGCAACGCCAUCAACAUCGGUCUGACCGUACUCCCCCCACCUCGCACAAUCAAGACGGCCAUCCUCAACUUCGAUGAGUACGCGUUAAACAAAGAGGGUAUUGAGAAAAUCCUGACAAUGAUUCCCACAGAGGAGGAGAAGCAAAAGAUCCAAGAGGCCCAGCUGGCCAAUCCAGACGUCCCGCUAGGCAGUGCUGAGCAGUUCCUCCUCACCCUGUCCUCCAUCAGCGAGCUCUCUGCUCGCCUGCAACUCUGGGCCUUCAAGAUGGACUACGAGGUCAUCGAAAAGGAAGUGGCCGAGCCACUGCAGGACCUAAAGGAAGGGAUGGACCAGCUGGAGAAGAACAAAACUCUCCGAUACAUUCUGUCAACACUGCUCACCAUCGGCAACUUCCUCAAUGGGACAAAUGCUAAGGGCUUCGAGCUUAGUUACCUGGAGAAGGUUCCGGAAGUGAAGGAUACAGUGCACAAGCAGUCCCUUCUGCACCACGUCUGCACAAUUGUGGUAGAGAAGUUCCCCGACAGUUCGGACCUCUAUUCUGAGAUCGGGGCUAUCACUCGCUCAGCCAAGGUGGACUUUGACCAGCUGCAGGAGAACCUGUGUCAGAUGGAGCGCCGGUGCAAAGCCUCCUGGGACCACCUGAAGGUCAUAGCCAAGCACGAGAUGAAGCCAGUGCUGAAGCAGAAGAUGUCAGAGUUCCUGAAGGACUGCGCAGAGAGAAUUAUCAUCCUUAAGAUCGUGCACCGCAGGAUAAUUAACAGGUUCCAUGCCUUCCUGCUGUUCCUGGGCCACCCUGUGUACGCGAUACGGGAGGUGAGCAUCCACCGCUUCAGCAAGAUCGUGAGCGAGUUCGCGCUGGAGUACCGCACGACACGCGACCGGGUCCUGCAGCAGAAGCAGAAGAGGGCCAACCACCGGGAGCGCAACAAGACCAGGGGGAAAAUGAUCACGGAUACUGAUGAUGAAGAGGAUGGUGAGAGCGGGAAAUUCGGCAACACCCCCUCAGCAGAACAGGACGGUCAGACUCAAGGCCUUCAGUAUGCAGAGGACGCUGCCGAGCAUGAGCACAUGAAGGCAGUGCUGAAGAGCAGCCUGCAGGGCAGCGACAGCGGAGCUUCCGUCGUCCCUGGGCUCCGCACACGCACAAGAGCAAGUCGGGGUCGCUUUGGCUUGUGGGCAUCAGGGAAUGACGAGUCACCGAACGCCACUGAUGACGCUGCAGAUGAGAUCAUGGAGCGCAUUGUGAAGUCCGCCACACAGGGCCCAAGCCAGCGCACCCAGCCACGCGAGAGGAAGAGGUCGCGCGCCAACCGCAAAUCACUGAGGAGAACACUGAAGAGCGGUCUGACUCCUGAGGAGGCCCAAGCGCUGGGUCUCAUGAGCGGCUCUGAAAUGCAGGUGUGAGGGGGAGACAGGUCCAUCGACGCACAGAGCCACCCGGGAAGCCCCCCCCUCCCUUGUCCCCCCACCCCCUUCUCAAUCUCUCGUCGCCUGAGCCGCACACACUCCAGAAUGCUCCACCCCAUCUUCAUCCAGUCUUUUCACGAUUCUCUGCGUCACUGUGGCCAGUGGUGUCAUUGUCAUUUUUUUCAUCCACUUUGUCCGGGUGUAACACAAACGGAGAGAACAAGGACAGUGAAAGGCCUGUUAAUGCCUGGAGGGGAGGGGUGUAGGUAAGGUUCAGUGGGUCACGAAAGGUAGAAACGAUGCUAGCGAUGUAGGCAGAGAUUUCAUUGUAGCAAUUACAGUGUCCCACUCAGGAUGUGAACCUGGACCAAGAGUCCAGUGCUCUAACCUCUUUAUUAGUUGGUGCCCAAGAGAUGAAUUGGAGAGUGUUUUCAAUGUGUCGCUCCUUAUUGAAUUGGUAUCGUUAAGUUUUCGUUUAAGCUUGGGUGCCAUGUUGCAAGGUGUCCCCGCACCCCUCUAAUGUAUCAGUUCCUGUCAGAGUCACAUGACAGUGACCAUGUGACCCAAACAGGAUUAUGAACACAGCACAACCCUGUGAAUCUCUCAAUGUAAAGGGGUACUACAUGUGCUUUACCAUAGUGAGUAGUGCUCACUGUGGCCUCCAAGUUUUCACUGUUUUACUGAAACUAUUUAAAUGUUGGCAUUGUGUUCUGAGAGAACAGAAUCAUCACCCACCUCUUUUGAAUCUAUUUUGGUUCAUGUAAAAACCAUUUUGUUUAAGUGUUGUGACCAUUUGGGCCUAAAUUCAGAUUGGAACUGCAUUGUCCUGGUAAUGCAUAUCUGUAUGCUAUUUGUGCAAACAGUGUAGUGCUAUAAUACUAUAAAUCAAGUGCUCAGAGUUUGAAUACCCUCGUUAGAUGGAGAUGUGGAAGUUAGAAUAGAGACAGGAAUAUGAAGAACAAGUCAGAUAUGUGCCCUGACCUGACAGACAGACACCUACUGUAAAUUCAGAAUGCACUAGAGAUCUGCAUCUCAUCUGAACUCACCAGCUCAACAAUAGCACAUUUUAAUAUGAUGACAGAGUGGCUGUUUUUAAAGAUUGUUGUAUCUGGUAUACGCACAGAUCACUGUGUUAUGUAAUGCAAACCAUUGCAAAGUAUAAUCAAAGUCUGUCAGAAAUGAGGUGGAUAGGGAGGGUUGGAUGUCUUUAGGAUGUCCUACUGGAAAGCUUUUAAAGGGAUGAAUUUUAACUGAAAGCUGAAGAGACAUUUUGUUUCAGAAGUAAUGCAUAUGAAGGGCAAAACAGAAGGACAAAGGCAAAGCCUUGAUUUUUUUUUUAGAUUUUUUUUAGACUGUAGAUUUAUUUUAUACCCCCUCUCCUCCCCGGGUUGUGUUCUGUGUUGGAAGAGAGUAUUGAAACAGAAAAAGCACAAAUAUAUUUAAAGAUAUAGGUGGGUCAGAUAAAUAUCUCCAUCACAAGGGUUGUGUGUGGUUAAAUGUUGACUCACAGUGCUACACUGCAGAGCAUGAAUGAGAUUAUGAGCAGAUAGGCCAGUGGGAAUGUUAAUCGUACGAAAGCUGCACAGCCACAGCAUUCUAAUCACCUUCAGCAGCAGUGACAGUUGUGUAAACCCCCACCCCCAAAAGGUAGACAGUGAAACAGAAAUCCAACAUGCUGUACCGCCAUGCUUUAAAUUGUAUAUUCAAGAGACUCCAACAGAUGCUUCACAUUACUGUGUCAACCACAUACUGCAUUUGUAAACUGUCUUGACUGCUGGCAAAAUGGCUUAAAAUAGUGUGCAUGUAAGUGUAUCAUCUGCUGUCAGUGGGUCUGUCCCUGUCAUAUUGUGUAAUAACGAUACAGUAUCCUUUUUUUACCUUAAGCUCACAUCCACAUUUCUGACCCCUUUUUUGUUCUUUGCAUUUUGUUUUGUCGUAGACAGUAUGGCUUGGAGUUCAGUCACAUAGUGUCAGGGUUAUAAGACACCAAUACUUUCUGAUUAGAUUUGAGUGCAUAAUGGUGGGUGCCUCCAGCCUUGAGAGUAUGUGUCAUUAAUUGGAUCAUGUGUGACCUGCCAAUCGGGGAUAAGUGUGGGAGGAGCCAGACAAAGCAUUGGGGCAAAACUGGACCACAAUGCAUGACUUGCUCAAGAUUGAUGUCUUUCAUGCUGCAAACAGGAUGUUUGUCCUUCAAACUUACAUGACCUUUGACGUUUCUGUACAGUCACUGACCCAAAUUGAAUGAUAGUGUUGCUGAGCAAGCUGUGUUGGCUGCUAAAGUUUGUGACCUUCAUUUAGCAGUUGUGUCAAAGGUCAAAUCUGUAUUGGGCCCAAAAACAUAGGGACUGGAGGGAAGAGUGUUGGGGAAGAGCCUUUGCUUCUCCCACUGUGUGGAAAAGAUGAAAAAACCCUUGAGUAUUCAAACAAUGUCAGGAGCAUUUAAAAAACUUUUUUUUAUUAGAAACUAAUAAUGAGCUUUGAAGGGCUUUAGAUGACCGAGUGCCUUUCUCUAUUUAUUCAGCCAUGUUCAGGGAGAAAUUGAAGUGGAUGUAAUCUUCUAAUCUUCUAUAAUAUAAGGACUGUCUGAGAGCUGGGCAGCUCCUACAGGUCAAGCUAUCAGUCUCAGAUACAGUCAGAAUAACCAACAGGUCAUUCAACAGCUGUGAGUUUUCUCUUUUUUCUUUUCUAAUGCCACAGAGUUAAAAGUAUUCUGUUUUACAUUGUUUUUCUAGUUGGUCAAGGAACAAAAUCUCAAAGUAGCCUUUAUUGGUUGUUUUUUUCCUGACAAGAAUGGUUUUGCUAAACUUUUUUUGGAAUUAUUUAUCGUGAAGAUUUAUUCACACUCUUGACUGCACAACACUUGAGAUAAACGGAAAAGUCACUUCGCUAAACUCAAAUGGCACUA